UAGUUCAUCAAAUGUCUCUAGCCGGGAAAGUGGUAAUUGUGACAGGAGCUAGCUCAGGGAUUGGCGCCACCACAGCAGAAGCCUUCGCUAAGCAUGGCGCUAAGGUAGUGCUCGUCGGCCGAAAUGAAGCUAACUUGAAAGCUACUGAAAAGUCCUGCAAAGCAAUUAACAACAAAGCGGAAUUAUUGCUUAUCACUGCUGACGUGACGGUAGAUGCGGAGCGUAUUAUAAAAGAAACAGUUACGAAAUUCGGUAAAUUGGAUGUGCUGGUGAAUAAUGCUGGCAUAGGUGCAGGUGGUCAUAUUUUAGACAUUGACGUCGAUCAAUUCGAUACGAUUUUAAAUACUAAUUUGCGUUCGGUUUUCCUUCUGACCAAAUUCGCUGCGCCACAUUUGAUCAAAACGCAAGGUAACAUUGUGAAUGUCUCUAGUGUCGCCGGUUUGCGUGCAGGCGCGGGUUUCUCUGUCUAUUGUACUUCAAAGGCGGCGCUGGAUCAGUUUACCAGAUGCAUUGCCCUCGACUUGGCGCCACAUAAUGUGCGCGUGAAUGCAGUCAACCCUGCGGUGAUAGUUACUGAUUUUGUCUUACGUAUGGGAAUGUCGAAGGAAGAUUAUGCCAAAUUUUUGGAGCGCGGUAAGGAGACGCAUGCUUUGGGACGCGUGGGUACCACUCAAGAAGUGGCUGAUGCUAUUAUUUUCUUGGCUAGUGAUACUGCCAGCUUCAUAACGGGCUCAAAUUUGCCUGUCGACGGAGGCAGAACAAUAAUGUGUCCACGUUAAGUGUAGUUUGUAAUAAGCAAAUGAAUAAAAUGAACUCGAUUUUUAGCUUAUCAA